AGCCGGUCGUGUGUUCUCCGUGUGUUGUAUGUCACUCCGUUUAUAUUUGUAUCACGUAUUAUAUUAGUACGAGUACAUGUAGUGAAGGAUUAGAUGUGAAAUGCACUGUGCAGUGAACUGUGUUUGGUGAAUUUGAAAAGAAGCAUUCAUGAUUCAGGAAUCGCAAUCAGGCAGCGCAGAAAGAUGGAGUGGAUGUGGACCCGAACACAACCUGGCUCUCCAACAGAUCCUCAAGCUCCAAGAAGCCAGAGCGUUUCACAAAACCUCUCUUCUACCAAUAUACAAGAAAAACGGUCUUCCAUCACCCCCAGGGGCGAGACAGGAAUAUGAACAAAUGAAAGAAAAGAACAUGGACAACCAUGAUGAACUUAGAGCCUUCGAGCAUUUAAAACUCGAAGCAGAAUUCAGACGACUUAUGGAAAGAUCAGCGAAGGAAAUACGCAACGAUGAAUCUCUUAAAUACUUUCAACAUGUGAUGGAAGUAAAACACAAUUUUGAUUAUUUAAAAAGCAUUCAAGAAACUAGAGCUAACUCUGUGGACAAAGAUCUGGAAGUUAAGAAAGAAAAGACGUCACCAAAUUGCAAUCGAUAUACACCCGACCAAUUACAUUCACCUCGAAGAACUUCGUCUGCAGAAGCCUCUCCUAAUCACAGUAUCCACUUAUCUACCUCAUCAAGCCCCCUCUCAACCACUAGUCCUGUAAAUUCUUCACCUUUAAAUCAUCUACAGAACAUGCAACCAUUUGAUUUUAGAAAGCAUAAGGUUAGUGAAAAUAAAGAAGAAAACAGAAAAAGUAAUUACGAUAUGACCUCGACAGAGAAGGCAGCAAUGGAUGUGAUGAGAAGUCAGUUUUUCAAUUUUCAACUACCAAAUAAUUUACCCAUGCCACCAAUUUCUAUGCCUUCAACGUUUUCUCAUCCUGCAGCGAUGGUAGCUGCUCUCAGCCAAAAUCCAAUGGGAUUAGCAUCUCUGCAAGCACUUUUACCACAAAUAUCAGGAAAACAGACCGAACAUCCUGAAAGUAGAAUUAAUAACUCUACUGGAAAAAUCAGAUCAGAUAGUUUAAGAACAGAUGAAGAGAAUGUUCUGAACCUAAGUAAGGAUGCUUAUGUAGAAGCAGCGCAGAAAACGAGAGAUAUGAUGUUAGGAAAAUGUAUUAGUCCACCAAAAAGACAAUGGGGUGCUUCUCAAAUGCCCCUGAAUUUAGGUACUCAUUUUAUUAAUCCUACCACUGGUAAAAAGCGAGUACAGUGCAAUGUGUGCCUUAAAACCUUUUGUGAUAAAGGCGCCCUGAAAAUUCAUUUUUCCGCGGUCCAUUUACGUGAAAUGCAUAAAUGCACAGUUGAAGGUUGUAGCAUGAUGUUCAGCUCAAGAAGGUCUAGAAAUAGGCACAGCGCUAAUCCAAAUCCAAAACUACAUUCCCCUCAUUUAAGACGGAAAAUCUCACCACAUGAUGGAAGAAGUGCUCAAGCACAUCCUGUUUUAAUUCCUCCGCCUGGCGCUGGCUUAAGUAUCCCAUCAGGAAUAAACCCAAUGCAUCCAUUUGGAUCGUACCCACUACUUAAUCCAUCGCAAAAUAUGAGACAAUAUACCUCAAACAUGCCACUCGAUUACAAAAAUAACUUAAAUUUCUCAUCUUCAAUGGAUAUUCCUCAUCAUAUGCGACGUGAAUCAAGCUCUGUUGAAAACAAAGAUCAUGAAGGCAACGGAGAAUCUGACGAAGAUGAUGGAAUUGUAGUAGUUGCUGGCGACGACGAUGACGAUGAAAAUGAUCACGUAGAUACAAGUGACUAUUAUUCUAAUCUUAAUAAAUCAAUAGGUUCAAUAGAGGAUUCUGAAACGGAAUAUGACCAAAGAAGUGUAAGUGACAAUAAUGAAAACUCUGAUAACGUAAAAGAUACCACAAGUCCAGAAGUUAUGAAGAGAAAAAGAAAGAAUUUUAACCCAACUAGACUUAAAAAUGACUAUCUAAACGAAAACACUGACCAGGAAAGUAAAAAUGACGAACAAUGCAAUGAUACAGACAGAGUAUUAAACCUGAAGAGAGUCAAAUGCGAAGAAAGUGAUACUGGCCUUACUGACUAUUCAGUUCCAUAUGAUAAAGUAGAAAACCUUAAAAUAAAACAAGAACCUUCUUCAGUCACUCCAGUUGAAACCACCGAAAUGAACUAUAGUGCCCAAGACUUACGAGUAAAGGAAGAGCCUGUUGAUAAAAGUGAGUCAUCUAAAUCUCAUGAACCAUAUCAUCAACAUAACGAUCAAUAUUCAUCUGAGAAUUCAUUGAAAAGACUAGAAAGAUUAUCUAAAGGAGAUUUUCCUAAUAUUGCAAAGAAAAUUGAUACACAUAGUCCUCUAGGACCGUUUAAUCUAAGUGUAAAUGAUAAUAUCGAUUUUUCUGACAGAUCUCCUUCAUCAUCUGUAUCGAGCUAUGACUAUGGAUCAGAGGAUGUUCAAGGGCAAAUCUAUGGUCAUUUCGACAAUGGUUUCUUUGUAACAACUACUGACGUCCCGAUAGACGUAGACUGCCCGCUUAAGUGUAGAGUAUGUGAUAAAAUGUUCCAAAAUAUUUAUAUACUUAAAACACAUUAUCAAAACGCUCAUUUAAAAGUAAUGUAUAAAUGUAAUAACGAUGGAUGCAGAGCAGCUUUUAACAAUAGGCGCAGUAGAGAUCGUCACAGCUCAAAUAUGAAUCUUCACAGAAGAAUUCUAGCUGAUGACCUGAGGAUAUUUGACGAAUCACGGAUCUUAGACAAAAUUAAAGAGCAAAUGGAACUCCUGGUGAAAUUAAACGAUGAAGAACGAGCAUGUCCGUACAUAGAAUCGCAGAAGUAUUACCGUGCUAGAGAAACAGAAAAACCAAAAGGUCAUUUAGGACACAUGCAUUUUAGUGCGCCUUAUCCACCGCUUCCGUUGCCAGAAUCCUACUUAAAUGGUCGCGACAUGUUCAACCAACAUCCUUUCCUAUUUACGCCAUUUGGAAUGCUUCCAAAUUUUCCGCCUUUGCCAUUUGGUUUCUUGCCACCUAGUCUGAACGCGUUCGGUUGCCAAAAUCCAAGUUAUUCACCCCCUAUGGCACAAAAACUCAGCUAUUGUGUCGAGGAUGAGGCGCCUCGACCCAAUAAGGAUGGUUAUCCGUGCCGUGGUUGCAGAGAGUGUUUCAAAGACUUGUCUAGCUUGAAGCUACAUUGUGAAAGUGUUCAUGUACAGCUAUUACAUCGGUGUUCAGUGAGUGGUUGCAACGCUGCGUUCUUCUCAAGGACUAAGAGAAACAUUCACAGCGAAGCGCACGCCAAUCGUCGGCAGAAUGGUAGGGUCCAACCUACUUCGUGACCCGAUUACGCGAAAUCCGUGUUUAUGGGCUGUUAACCACGGCCAAAUAUCCAGUGCAUUUGUGAUGUUAAUUAGACUUACCAAAUAGCUUAGUAAGAUUAGAUCGUGUACAUGUCCAGUACCUUUGAAUUCUCAAUAAAUCCAUGUUGUAAAAAUGGCGAGAAACUUAUGUAACUGUAGGUUAUAUUUUACAAACGAAUAAAACAUGGUUUGUGAUUUAUUUUUAAGACCUUUGUAAAUAUUUAGUAUAAGUAUAUUAUCAUAGCAGAGAUAAGUGAUUAUUUAAGAAUGUUUUAAAUAGCUUUCCUAAUAUUGUACGUAAGUAUAACAUAUUUUGUAAACUCUUCAACAUUCCAUAGUAAUAUUGUGCAAUAAAACUGUAUAUAGUAGGUACCUAAUAGAUAUUAUAAUGAUGUACAAAUUUGUGGCUGAAAUUUCUUAGAUAUUUCCAUUUGGAACUAAAUAAUAUAGAAACUUACUAUUUAAAGUCAAAAAUUGAGAGGAGUAGCGUGGUUCAAACAAAGUAAUUUGGUUCGCAUUUGUAGGUUCAAAUAAAGCCAAUUAAAAUAGACAAUUUCUA